AGAGGUUGCUGCUGGGAUCUGUUGUCUGGAAGACAGCAUGUUCUUCUAAUGAAGGGCUGGUGGGAACAACUGAUGCAUCUGCCAAAUGACUUAAACGAGAUGGGCGUAGUAUUAUCCAGAGUGAACAACAGUUGUAGAGUGGCCUCCAGAGAGCCUGUCAACACAUCUCAAACAGCGAGCAGCAUCUGUGACAGAGAGGUCAAUUGUACUGACAGUGACCAUUCCUCCAUCAUACCUAUUCAGAACAAAGUGUGUGAGCCAGAGGAGGGGCUAGUUCCUGCUGUUCCAGUAACAGCUUGUGUAGAGAAAGGCUAUAUCACCCCACAGCAAGUGUACAACCUGCUGAGCGCAGAGGAAGGCCAGCCCGCCUUGUAUGAUCCUUACUAUAUUCUCAUCCUGGACUGUCGUAGCGCAGAGAGGUACGAGGACAGCCACGUGGUGACAGCGAGGGCCUCUGUGACGGUGAUCCAUCCUGUGCUGGGCUGUCUAAUCAGCUGUAUAGAACUGCAGAAGUAUUCUAUAAUACUGCUGUAUGCAGAGGAGGGGUGCAGCCCAGUGGGCAGUGUAAAGGCCACGACAGACUCCCCAGACCUCCAGCGCUGUUUCUUCCAGCUCAGUGGUUUGGGAAUGGACCCUGUCAUCCUGCUGGGGGGAUUCUCAGCCUUCCAUGCCCUCUACCCUUUCCUCUGCACACCACGUAUGGUCCUGCUGGAACCUGAGCGGCACACCCUCACCAUCUACCCCUCAGAGAUCCUGGAAGAAGCUCUCUACCAGGGCUCUGCCUCCCAGGCCUCUAACUUCCGCAUUAUCAAGAAUCUACACAUCACGCAUGUGGUCAAUGCCACUGCCAACUGCCCUGAUGCUUUCCCCAACACGCUGUGCUACUUGAAGCUGUGUCUGAGCGAUGAUGCCCAGCAGGACUUGCUGAAGGCACUUCCACUGGCAUCCAGGUUCAUCAACUCAGCCCUGAUGGCUGAUCCUGCUGGCCGUGUUCUUGUCCACUGUAGUAUGGGCAGGAGUCGCAGCUCAGCACUAACGCUGGCCUUCCUCAUGGAGCAUCGACGCUGGUCACUGCUUCAUGCCCUGCGCUGGUUGAAAGACAGGAGAGCCUGCACGGCACCCAACAUAAACUUCCUGCGUCAGCUGCUGACCUACGAGGAGCUGCUUUUUGGGAGCAGACUCACCUCCCUGAACGACAUCCGCCGGUGA